CAGCGAGCUAGCCAGCCUUAGGAGACUCCCGGGUCCCCGUGCCGGGCCGGGGCUGGGGGCAGGCAGCCCGGGCUGACCUGGCCGGCGCCGAGGGCGGCCCCGGGCGUUACUAUGAAGGCGCCGCGGCGCGCGUGAGGAGGAUGCGGCAGCGGGCGCCGCGGCGGGAGGAGGAGUAGGCGGUGGUGCCCUCGGGAGGGAGCCGCGCGCGGGCCAGACGGCUCCCGGAGGCUCCGCAGUGCCGCCGCCGUCGCCCGGGAGGCUCCGCACAGGAGCCAUGUAACCCUGCGGCGGGCUCCGCGCUGCUCCGUCCUCCCCCAGCUCCCGGGCUAGCGCGGCAGCGGGGCCACGAUGAAGAAGCAGUUCAAUCGCAUGCGCCAGCUGGCCAACCAGACGGUGGGCAGGGCAGAAAAGACUGAAGUUCUGAGUGAAGACCUUCUUCAGGUGGAGAAGCGCCUGGAGCUGGUGAAGCAGGUUUCCCACAGCACGCACAAGAAGCUCACUGCGUGUCUGCAGGGCCAGCAAGGAGCAGAGGCUGACAAGCGCUCCAAAAAAUUGCCUUUGACAACACUGGCUCAGUGUUUGAUGGAAGGGUCAGCUAUCCUGGGAGAUGACACACUUCUUGGGAAGAUGCUCAAACUCUGUGGAGAGACAGAGGACAAGCUGGCUCAGGAGCUGAUUCAUUUUGAAUUGCAAGUGGAGAGAGAUGUGAUUGAGCCCCUGUUUUUACUGGCUGAGGUGGAAAUCCCAAAUAUUCAAAAACAGAGGAAACACUUAGCUAAGUUGGUGCUGGACAUGGAUUCUUCACGAACGAGGUGGCAGCAGACUUCCAAGUCUUCGGGUUUGUCCAGCAGCUUACAGCCUGCGGGUGCCAAAGCUGAUGCCCUCAGGGAAGAAAUGGAGGAGGCUGCCAACAGAGUGGAGAUUUGCAGGGACCAGCUCUCUGCUGACAUGUACAGUUUUGUGGCCAAAGAAAUUGACUAUGCAAACUACUUUCAAACGCUAAUAGAAGUGCAAGCUGAAUACCAUAGGAAGUCGUUGACACUCUUGCAGGCUGUGUUGCCUCAGAUAAAAGCACAACAGGAGGCCUGGGUGGAGAAGCCUUCCUUCGGGAAGCCCCUGGAGGAGCAUCUCAUGAUCAGUGGCCGGGAGAUCGCCUUCCCCAUUGAGGCCUGUGUGACGAUGCUGCUCGAGUGUGGGAUGCAGGAGGAGGGACUCUUCCGAGUGGCUCCGUCGGCAUCCAAGCUGAAGAAGCUGAAAGCUGCCCUGGACUGCUGUGUGGUGGAUGUGCAGGAGUACUCGGCGGACCCUCAUGCAAUUGCAGGAGCUUUGAAAUCUUACCUCCGAGAGUUGCCAGAACCUCUUAUGACCUUUGAACUCUAUGACGAGUGGAUUCAGGCUUCCAAUAUCCAGGAGCAAGACAAGAGACUUCAGGCUCUGUGGAAUGCUUGUGAAAAAUUGCCCAAGGCCAAUCACAACAAUAUCCGAUACUUGAUCAAAUUUUUAUCCAAGCUGUCAGAAUAUCAAGAUGUGAACAAGAUGACUCCCAGUAACAUGGCAAUUGUGUUAGGACCCAACCUCCUAUGGCCACAAGCAGAAGGGAACAUCACGGAGAUGAUGACCACGGUUUCACUGCAGAUCGUUGGGAUCAUUGAACCCAUCAUCCAGCAUGCAGACUGGUUCUUCCCUGGAGAGAUAGAGUUCAACAUCACAGGGAAUUACGGGAGUCCAGUCCAUGUGAACCACAACGCCAAUUACAGUUCCAUGCCCUCCCCAGACAUGGACCCUGCUGACCGGCGCCAGCCCGAGCAGGCCCGCCGGCCCCUCAGUGUUGCCACGGAUAAUAUGAUGCUGGAGUUUUACAAAAAGGAUGGCCUUAGGAAAAUCCAAAGCAUGGGCGUGAGGGUCAUGGACACGUCCUGGGUGGCUAGAAGAGGCUCCUCGGCCGGCCGGAAAGCAUCGUGCGCCCCGCCUACCAUGCAGCCCCCUGCCCCGCCCGCCGAGUUGGCAGCGCCCCUGCCGUCGCCCCUGCCCGAGCAGCCCCUGGACGGCCCAGCCUCAGCGGCGCCCUCGCUCUCUCCAUCUAGCCUGGGCCUCCAGCCCGGUGCCGAGCGGACCAGCACUUCUAAAAGCAAGGAACUUUCCCCAGGAUCUGGGCAGAAAGGAAGUCCAGGCUCCAGCCAGGGGCCUCCCUGUGCAGGGACGCAGCCAGGGGUGCAGCCAAGCACCAGCCCCAGCCAGCCUCCUGCAGACCAGAGCCCUCACACCCUCCGGAAAGUUUCCAAGAAGCUGGCACCAAUCCCACCCAAGGUCCCCUUUGGCCAGCCGGGGGCUAUGACUGACCAGUCCACCGGCCAGCCGUCCCCACUCAGCCUGUCUCCCACCCCACCGAGCACCCCGUCGCCCUACGGACUGAGUUACCCUCCAGGGUACUCUCUGGCCUCCGGCCAGCUCUCCCCGGCGGCUGCGGUUCCUCCCCUGACCUCUCCCUCUGGCUUCACGAGCACUUUAACCAAGUCGCGGCCCACCCCGAAGCCCCGCCAGAGACCCACUCUGCCGCCUCCACAGCCUCCCACCAUGAACCUCUCAGCCUCUAGCCCGCAGUCCACGGAGCACCCUGUGCUAGAUGGCAUGUCCCCCGGGGAAAGCAUGUCUACAGCUGUGUGACAUGAGUGACGCAGUUUUGGAUACGUGUGAGGGGGAUUUUCAGGAUCUCGUCCACUUUGAUAUCCCCUCCAUCCACGUAGAGCUUGGGUCAACGCUCCGCCUGAGUCCCCUGGAGCACAUGCGGCGACACUCGGUGACUGAGAAGAGGGACUCGGAGGAAGAGUCUGAGAGCACCGCCCUCUGACCCGGCGCCCACCCCCGCCACGCAUGUACAUACGUGGGCCCCAGACAGACACACUGCUGGGGCCGCCCUGGGCUGGCCGGUGUUCUCUGCUGGCUCCUCGCUGUCACUGCCAACACGCGGUUGGAGUUUCACAGAAAACUGUCACCUCCAGCCCGUGUGGCAAAUGUUGGUGGUGCCGAUUUUGUUCCCUUUGGGUGGUGACUUUGGCCUUUUGUUUCAUCUUUGCCUUUUGACUUUGUGCCUAUUUUGAUCCACUUUCAGCCUCCAUACCCAGCAACAGCGCUCUCUCCAUCGGAGGGCUUGCCUGUCAGAAAUGUCCUUUGCAGGGUAGGGGUGAGAGGGAGCGUCGAGUUGCCCGGUUAAACCUGGGGGCCGCCUGCCACCCGUACCCUGAUGGCUGAUGUCAAGUCCUACAGUAUCAGCUUAAUGGCUGCAGAAGGGAAGCAGGAUAGCAGGGGACCCUUUCACUCACAGCAGGACCGGUUCUGGAAUUCUAGAGGUCCUGGGGCACUGACUUGCCUGCUACAUAGGGGAGGACCGGCUGGUGGGAAAUCUUUAAGGCUGCCCUUAACCCGUGGGCACUAAAAUAAAUGGCUUAAAAUGAAAUUCUUUUCACUUCCUAACAAUUUUUCCAUACUGUGUGACUGAAAGCUCCCUUUACUACCUUAUCAGUUUAUACUUCUGAAUUUAAAAACUCAUCUUGAGGGUGUCUGGAGGGCCCAAAGAUAGCUCCUCAUACACCCCCCAAAACACACUAGAUGUCUGACAGUAAUUACACCCCUCCAGGAUCCCAGGGGCACCCUGCUCACUAGGUACGUGGGGCCCCAGAGCUGCCUCUUCUUUCUGGAGGUCACCAGUGAAUAGCAAUAAUUGUCACCCAAAGCAUGUAAGGGAAAGGGAAAUGGGCCCACGGAGACACCUGGCCAGCACCACGGGCCCUGCGGUGUGGCGUGCUUCGCUCACCAGCAUCAGUCGCUCAUCCCUUCUCAUGAAGUCCCAUCCGUUCUUGGGGAGGAGGGCCAGGAGGGCACUGGGGAGCCAAGUCACACUCUGGGAUUAAGGGAGUGAUAUGCAGAUUUGGGUCAUGCAUGCAAAGUCAGAGCUUAAAAUUUUAUCCUUUUAAAAUAGAUAUGAUAUACCUAUACAUGAUAUAAUAUUUGUAUAUAUGAAAUCUCUCUAUAUUUGUUUGAGCCGUUCAAUCUAAACCAAUGUACAGGUGUACAAUGAGAAAUUUAAAUGCUUAGUUAUUUUUCCCAACACAGUGUAAAAUAACCCUUCCCUGACAGUGGGAUUUGCAAACUUUUGAUGUUAACAGCUUUGCUCACUUCCUGGCAAGGGCGGUUCAGUACCCAAUUUGUAAUGGAGCCCAGGGGUUGAAAGUUACCUUUAAAUACAUGUACAAAUAGUUGUCCAAAGUAAUGUUAUUAAAAUAGAUUUAUUAUC